AUGAUAAACGUCUUCUCCAAUGUCCUCAAAACCACCAAGGUUCCUGUGCAACAACAUUCGCUGAUAGCAUCUUCGAUUCGUCUGGCUAGCAAUGAAGCUCAUUUUCAGACAAAGCCAUAUAAAUUACAUCGUCUGGAAUCUGGGCCGUCGCAAAAUGUAACCGUUACUCGAGAAGAUGCCUUGAAUUAUUAUCGAAAGAUGACGACGAUUCGGCGCAUGGAAACAGCUGCAAGCAAUCUAUACAAGGAGAGAUUAGUGCGUGGUUUUUGCCAUCUAUAUUCUGGACAGGAAGCAGUGGCAGUUGGACUGUGCGCAUCUAAAGGCGAAGAUGACAGUAUAAUUACCUCAUAUCGUUGCCAUGCAUGGACUUAUUUGACUGGAUCGAAAAUAUCACAGAUUUUAUCGGAAUUAACAGGUCGACGCACAGGAAAUGUACAUGGAAAAGGUGGUUCUAUGCAUAUGUAUAAUAAAAAUUUUUAUGGUGGAAAUGGAAUUGUUGGUGCUCAACAAGCACUUGGUGCUGGCCUUGCAUUUGCUCAUAAGUAUUAUAAUCAAAAAAAUGUCGCAUAUACUUUAUACGGUGAUGGUGCAGCGAAUCAAGGACAACUUUAUGAAGCUAUCAAUAUGUGUGCAUUAUGGAGUCUACCGUGCAUAUUUAUCUGCGAAAAUAACGGAUAUGGUAUGGGUACUCCUGCUCAUCGUGCUUCUGCUAUUACAGAUUACUAUACGCGAGGAGACUUUAUACCAGGAAUUUGGGCAGAUGGUAUGGAUGUGCUUGCUGUGCGAGAAACAAUUCGAUGGGCAAGAGAGUAUUGUAAUAGUGGAAAAGGACCUCUGAUGCUUGAAUUAGCUACCUAUCGAUAUUCUGGUCACUCGAUGUCAGAUCCGGGAACAAGUUAUCGAACUCGUGAUGAAGUACAAGAAGUUCGUAAAACUCGUGAUCCGGUCACGAGUUUUAAAGACAAGAUUGUAAGUGCUGGACUGGCGACAGAGAAUGAACUGAAAGAAUUCGAUAAAGAAGCUAAAAAAGAAGUCGAUGCAGCAGUGAAGGUUGCACACAAUGAACCUCCUCUUCCACCGGAAUCUCUAUACUGUGAUAUUUAUCACAAUACACCACCUCAGUAUGUACGUGGGGUAACCCUAGAUGAAAGUGUUAUACAAAAACACUGCAGAACUGAAGAUUUGAUGAGAGAAAUGGGUUUAAGCGCAUAG